UGACCAUGUGACAGGCGUGGCCGUUUCGUACAAAAGGUCAGGGUAGUGUACUGUCCUGUGCUGUUCAACUUCACAGUCUUUCUUCUCUGCUGUUUGUCUCGUUAAGUCUCUUUGCAGUCUCCUAUUACCUACCUAACAGUCAUGGGUGUAAAAGAAUGCCCAAACUGCUGCAGGAAUUUUAUUAGAUUUAUCCUGGCCGCAGUCAACAUUGGCGUUUGUAUACUUGGACUGAGUGUACUGAUAGUUGGUGCCUGGGGUGCGGGAACCAACCAUGAUUACUUGAAAGUCACUGAAGAUACCAAGUCUUACACACAAGUCCCUACACUACUGAUCAUCAUCGGUCUCUUUGUAUUUAUUUUUGGAAUUGUUGGUGUUGUUGGCGCAAUAUUCGCCCACACACUUGGAGGACGAAUCAUACUAGGACUGUAUGGAUUUGUGCUGGCUCUAUUUGUCAUCAUUGAGUUUGCUGGUGGUAUUGCAGCCGGUGUGGAAAGUGGACAAGUUGGUAAUGCCUUCAGUAAAGCAUUUAAUGAUAGCUUUUCAAAAUAUACUGACAACAGCACUGACAACAAACAGGCCUGGGACUCGUUGCAAGAAUCAUUGAAAUGCUGUGGUAUUGACGGGCCCAGUUCCUAUCGUGAAAAACUAAACAUGGAACCACCUACUUCUUGCUGUGAUAAAAAAAUAGACAGUAACUGUGAUACUACUAUUGAUGCUAACUUAUACAAUACAGGAUGUGCUGAUCAGAUUAAAAGUGAUAUUAAAUACAUAUUGGGAGUUGUAGCAGGCAUUGGUAUCACUUUUGCUCUUCUACAGUUGGUUGGAGUAGUGUUCUCUUUAUAUGUAGCUAUUGUUGCUCAUAAGAAAGACAAUUAUGAAGUUGUUUAAGACUGAUUCUAUCGACCUUACUAUGCAUGCACACACACCACAAGUUAUUAAUAGCUGGAUACAUUGUACACAUAAUAUGUUUGGAUUACAGUUACGUGCUGUGUAGAGUUAAUUCUUUUUUUGUGUGUUUUAUUAUAAUUUUAUUGAUUCGUAUUUAAAAUACAGUCGAUAAGUUC